AUGUCAAUUUUAGUUUGACAUUUGACGUUUUAAAAUUUUUCGAUAAAUCAAUUUCCGAUUUUGAUUUCCAAUUAACUUGAGCUAGCUGUUUUGUGAAGUGUUAACAUGUUAAAAAUUCUUACAUUUUUAUCAUGCUUUUUAUGUAUGAUCAACAAUUUUUGUUUAGCUAGCAAUUUGGAGCACGAUGGUUGGGCAAAUAUUAAGUUAGAACAUUCUUUAGUCGCAUUAGAAAACCCAAUUUUUACUGAAAGAGGAAAUAUCAGUAUUCAAAGUUUGAGGUUAGGGCAAGCAAUUGUGAAACAGAACCCUUUGACUGAAGAAGAAAAGAUCCAUUUAAGAGAUUUGGCUACUAAAAAUCAAUUUUAUCAAAUUAGAUCAACGGUAGUUGCAAGCGACGGCUCAGAAAGCAAGUUUUUAUCUACUGUUAAAGCUUGUAUGCUUGCUGAGGCUGAAUUGGAUGAUAGAUUGUUAGUAUCUUUAGAUUACACUGGACGAGUAAUUGGUGUCACACUUAUUAUUGCAUCAAGAUCAACGUGUGAAGGGGCUUUUGUUCCUUUGAGUAAAUUGAAAGAAUUUACUACCAGUGUUUAUGUGAGACAUAGUGAUGUAGGACCUACGCCUAAUACCCAAUCUUAUAUUGAUAAACUUGAAAGAGAAAAAGAGGCGCGAGAAAGGGGUGAAGUUAAAGAUAAUAGAUCAAUUUUAGCAAAAUAUUGGAUGUAUAUCGUACCAGUUGUUAUUUUACUCAUGGUUUCAUCAAUGGCAAAUCCCGAAGCUGCUGCAGGAAAUGGGGGCGGUGCAGGCAGAUAAAAACGAAUUUAUGUUACAUAAAUUUAUUUAUUUACUAAUAGAGAAAUUAAAAAAUUACUCUAU